AGCGCAAUGGCCAUCAUCUCAAGCCCCGUAUUUUACUCCCUCCUCGCCGUUGUUUCCUAUGUCGUCUACAAGUGCUCAAACCGCCCCAAACAACCUGCACCUUACCCACCUGGCCCCAAGCCGGUUCCCCUUCUCGGCAACGUCCGCGACUUGACCGCCAAGGAGCUCUGGCUCGUCGCUGAAAAGUGGGCAAAGGAAUACGGCCGCAUCAACUACCUCCAUGUCUUUGGACAGGGCCUUGUUUUCCUCAACACUCCCGAGGCUGUCUUUGACCUCCUCGAUAAGCGUGGUGCUAUCUACUCUGACAAGCCCCAUCUCGUUAUGGCUGGUGAACUAUGCGGCUGUGAAAACAUGGUCGCCUUCACCCGCUACGGCGACCGUUCCCGGCGCCAGCGCCGCCUUAUGCAGUCCGCCCUUGGCCAGUCCAGCAUCCCGCAAUACCACCCUCUGCUCGAGUUCGAGACUCGCCCCUUCCUCCGCCGCAUGCUCGCAGACCCGCUCAACUACACGGACCAUAUCCGCCGUUACGCCGGCGGCCUCACCCUUUCCGUCGUGUAUGGAUACCAGGUGAAGAGCAACGAUGACCAGUUCCUCGGCCUCGCGGAGGACUGUGUGAAUAUUCUCUCAAACAAGAUCGCCUCGGGCGGUGGUAUCUGGCCCGUGGAUAUCUUCCCUUCUCUCCAACACCUUCCCAACUGGAUGCCCGGAGCUGGUUUCAAGCGCAGCGCGGUGACCUGGAAGAAGAAGAUGGAGGAGUUCGUUGACCAGCCGUAUGAAUACACCCAGGAGGAGAUGAAACGCGGCACAGCCCGCCCCUCCUUCGUCUCCACCCUCCUCGAGAGCGCGCCUCAGAACAAGGACGGCAGCAUCGAGGCGCAGCACGACCACGAUAUCCGCUGGACGGCCAACUCUAUGUACUCGGCUUCGAUCGAUACCACGAUCACCUUCAUGUCGCACUUUAUUCUCGCCAUGGUGCAGCACCCCGAGGUCCUCGAGCGCGCGCAGGCCGAGAUUGACGCCGUUGUUGGCGGCACAAGGCUCCCAAGUUUCGAGGACCGCGAAUCGCUGCCCCUAUGCAAUGCCAUCUUUAAUGAGACGCUGCGCUGGGGUGCCCCCGUUCCUCUGAACUUGCCUCACCGCCUGAUGGACGACGACAUCUACGAUGGCAUGUACAUUCCCAAGGGCUCUCUGAUCUUCGGUAACAUCUGGGCGAUAACGCGCGACGAGAAGCUUUACCCUGAAGCAGCGCGCUUCAACCCCGACCGCUUCAUGACCCCGGCCGAGGACGAGACGGCCGAGCGCCGUCGCGACCCUCGGAACUAUGUCUUUGGCUUUGGCCGCAGACGCUGCCCAGGUGCCAACCUCAUUGAGUCCUCCGGCUGGCUGCUGAUGACCUCCAUGAUUGCCACUCUCGACAUUGGCAAGUUCAUUGACGACCACGGACGCGAGGAGGCCCCCGUCGUUGACUUCAACAACUCGGUCUUCCGCACGCCGGACGUGUUCAAGUGCUCGCUGCGUCCCCGCUCUGAGGCGGCGCUGCGGCUCGUCAGCCAGGAGGACGAUGCGUAGAUGCCCACUGUUUAGUCUGGGUUUUCGCUCGUAUUGUUCUGGUUUGAUGCUGGGCGCUCCGCGAGGUGGUGGAGCGCUGGCGAUACCUUGAACCAAUCUGGAUACACAUAGGAUAAAGCUCGAAAAGCUUUGUUACUGGCGCGCCUUGUCGUGCUGCCAGCUGGGACACUGCACUCGUAACUGAUCAAUAUCUCCUCAAUCUCAACGUACAAACACGCGGACCAACCUUCCCUAAUACUCGUCGACUCGAAGUCUUUUAGAGGAAUACAUACACUCGUUUAUACCCCGUUGUAAUGCAUAGCAUAACUCUUCUCCCGUCUUAGUCUCUCCCCUUCUCUGUUCGAACCCUACUUGUCUCCGUUCGUUUUUUGUGUGUCCUAGUCUUAUGUUUAUUUUCG